AUGGCUUCCAUCGCUCAGAAUGUGUUGAUGGCACUGACCGCGACGGUGAACAAAUUCGCCUCCUCCAACGUCCAGGCGGUUCCGAGGGGCGAAGGCUGGCGGCAGCGCAAAUCAAGAGCUGCUCCCGCGCUCUCCCGACAAUCAGGCAUUGGAACCAGGCGGUCUCUCCUCCUGCUGUCCACGGCCGCCGCCGCCCUCUCCCAAGCUGCCGGUGGUUCGCAGACCGAGCUUCUCAAGAGGUAUUUGAAGAAAUCAGAGGAAAACAAAGCGAAAAAUGACAAAGAGAGGCUGGAGAGCUACUACAAGAGGAACUACAUGGACUACUUUCAAUUUGAGGAAGGGUCAUUGAGGAAUAAGAAGGACCAGCUGACGGAAUCAGAGAAGGGCAUUCUUGAUUGGCUUCAAAGAAACAAAUGAUCAUCAGAUCAGAGGCUGGAUGUUUUCAGUACAAACACUUUUUUUUUUUAUUUUGCAAAUUUCUCAUAAUUAUAACUUUAAUUGGCAAAAAGACUUCUUAAUUAGAUGUUAAAUAUGGUCACCCAA